AGAGCAGUUUUUGUUGUGGGUUGGUAAGGGAAGAAAGUGUUGAAGUAAUUUAUUACAAAGAAAAUAGGGAAUGCAUUUGGCAAAUGUGAAAGAAGGAAAUUAUGUCCGUUGAAGUUUAACAACUUUAAUUUUUUUCUUUCAGUAAACUGAGAUUGUUGUACAACCAGGUAAAAGUGCUAAUAAUGGCUUCCAACCCAACUGUGUUGAUGCGCCUAGUAGCCUCUGCGUACUCCAUUGCCCAGAAAGCUGGAACAAUAGUCAGAAAUGUGAUGGCCGGAGGAGACCUAGACAUCGUAGAAAAGACGGGUGCUUUGGACCUGCAGACCAAAGCAGACCGAUUGGUCCAGAUGAGUAUAUGCUCUUCAUUGGCAAGAAAAUUCCCCAAAUUGACAAUUAUAGGUGAAGAGGACCUACCCUCUCAAGAUGUGGAUCAAGAGCUGAUUGAGAGUGGCCAGUGGGAUGAAAUUUUGAAGAAACCUUGUCCCGUGCAGUACAAUUCUAUCAAAGAGGAAGAUCUUGUUGUUUGGGUCGACCCUCUGGAUGGCACCAAGGAAUACACUGAAGGUCUUCUUGACAAUGUCACAGUCCUUAUUGGGAUUGCUUAUGAAGGGAAAGCAAUAGCAGGUGUUAUCAACCAGCCCUACUACAACUAUCAGGCAGGAUCAGAUGUUGUGUUGGGGAGGACAAUCUGGGGCAUUUUGGGCUUGGGAGCCUUUGGGUUUCAGCUCAAAGAAGUGCCUGCGGGGAAACAUAUUGUCACUACUACCCGUUCCCAUAGUAACAAGUUGGUAAAUGACUGCGUUGAUGCCAUGAACCCCGAUCUUGUGCUGAGAGUCGGUGGAGCAGGAAAUAAGAUAAUUCAGCUUAUUGAAGGAAAGGCCUCUGCUUAUGUAUUUGCUAGUCCUGGGUGCAAAAAGUGGGAUACAUGUGCUCCUGAAGUCAUUUUGCAUGCAGUAGGAGGCAAGCUAACUGAUAUCCAUGGCAAUCCAUAUCAAUAUAACAAGGAUGUAAGGCACAUGAAUUCAGCAGGAGUCCUUGCCACUUUGAGAAAUUAUGACUACUAUGCAAGUCGUAUCCCUGAAGCUGUUAAAAAAGAACUUUUGCCUUAAGGGAAGUCGUUGUCCCCUUGUCAGUGAAGAUGUUUUGUAUUCCGUGAGCAAGCGAAUAAGUGAUUAAAGUGGUUAUAUGGGACUUUCACUGUAAACGUUUAACGAUCGAUGGUUUUGUUUAGACAAAAAAGCGUAGUAGGAAUGUGUGAUUUUUAUCAUGCGCCUUGACUCUAGGAAACCAAUAGGCGAAGGUAUGACAUUCAAUCAAUCAAUCAAUCGUAUUUAUUGAAUGCUUACUGUGUGCAGAGCACUGUACUAAGCGCUUGGGAAGUACAAGUUGGCAACAUAUAGAGACAGUCCCUACCCAACAGUGGGCUCACAGUCUAAGUGUCAUCUUGAAGUUGGGGGUGGGACAGUAGAUACUAACUGUAGCCAUUAUGCAUUUUGAACAUAUGAUAGUACACAUGGCUCCAGGCAUAAAGUCCAAAGCAGCAAAGUGUGUGCAGACCAAUCCACUUAAGUCCCCAUCACAGAGCUAAAGUUGAAUCACUCUUGUAUACUUGUUUUAGAGUGACUCCUAGCCUGCGCAGUGUCUGUUUCCCUCCCUUACGUUAGUGGAAGUAAAAGAAAGAUGAGCUUUGGGGGCUAUUUUAAUUCACUUGAACAGUCAUCAUUCCUUUCUUCUGAAGCGGAUUCCUUCUUUACCAAUUUUAGAGCAUAGGAUCGUAUCUAAAUUGCUUCCCUGGUUUUAGUUUGCUCAGUUAUUUUUUAGCACUCUCAUUUCUAACGUGCUUCUUUGAAGGGAUAUUGUAGAUGCUAAUUAUAUCGUUUGAUUCGUGGGAUACAUUUCUUUCAUAAUAAAGUUUUGAAGUGUUUUAUUUAUGAA